UUACAAUUAAAACUUCGCAUGAAGGUUUAUUUCUUUAGACAACUUCAGCAGGUCUUUGUCCACCCACGACUUUAUGAGUUUUUGACAGAUAGUCUGCAAAUUCUUGAUAUGGAGCUUUUCUUAAAGCCUGAUCGUGCCAGAGAUCUGGUGUCAAAUACGCGUAGGUCUUAGCAAUAGCUGCAUAGGUGGCCUUUGCGAAAUUGCCAAGAGUACACGUGGAUCCUCUAGCCGAUGUAUAGCAAUCCUCUAUACCAGCCAUCUGCAAUAGUUUCUUCGGCACAGGCGCUGAUACAAUACCUGUACCCCUUGGUGCUGGAAUUAGACGCACCUGAACUGAUCCACAUUUGCCAGUGACUUUGCAGGGCACAGUAUGAGGAUCACCGAUUUUGUUUCCCCAAUAACCACGUCGUACUGGUACGACUGAAAGCUUAGCCAAAAUGAUAGCACCACGGAUAGCAGUGGCUACUUCUUUGGAACAUUUCACACCUAGACCAAUAUGGCCCUUAUAGUCACCAAUAGCUACAAAAGCCUAUAAACGAGUACGCUGCCCAGCCCUAGUCUGCUUCUGUACUGGCAUGAUUUUCAAUACUUCGUCUUUUAAUUCAACUCCAAGGAAUUUGUCAAUAAUUUCAUAUUCUUUAAUAGGCAAAGAGAAAAGAUAGAUAUGUUCCAAAGAUUCGAUCUUUCCAUCUCUGACAAGACGUCCAAGUUUAGUCACGGGAACCCAUUCUUUGCUGUCUUCCUUGCCACGUCCACGACCACGGCCUCGUCCUCUGCCUCCACGCCCUCUACCUCUUGGGCCACCACGAUCACCUCCCCCACGAGAACCAAAUCCUCCACGAAAACCUCCACGCGCGGCUGGAGCACUGUCCGCCAUUCUGUUUGAAAUUGACAAAAAAAUGAAAUUUGCAAAUUAGUAAAUGAUAAAAUAAAUAAUAUUAAUUAUAUAGUUGUAG